AGUUGAAGAAUGGACUUUUGGAAUCUGACCAUCAAAAUUAUUUUCUUGUCAGAAACUACAACUGGAAUUUUGGGAAAUUUCUCUCUUCUUUACUACUACUUAAUCCAGUGUGGAGAAUGCAUAUUAAAACCCACAGAGUUAAUUCUCACACACCUAAUGGCAGCCAAUGUCUUGACUAUUCUUUCUGCAGGAGUGCCACACACAAUGGCAGCUUUUGGUUUGAAGCAAUUUUUAAAUGAUUGUGCAUGCAGAUUAGUUUUGUUUAUUGAAAGAGUUGGUCGGAGUGUGUCCAUUGGCAUCACCUGCCUGUUGAGUGUCUUCCAGGCCAUGACCAUCAGUCACAUGCAAUUUUGUUGUAAGGAUCCAAGAGUCAAAUCUCCUAAGUACAUUGGCAUCUCUAUUGCUCUCCUAUGGAUCUUGUACAUGUUGAUACAUUUCGUUUACUUUGUGUACCCGUUCAUCAAAAGGAAUUGUAAAAAUGUGACCAGAAAACGAGAUUUUGGAUACUGCUUCAUUGCAGGGCAGAAUGAAAUCAGCAACUCACUCUAUGUAGCAUUAGUGGUGUGCCCUGAAAUAUUCUUUUCUUUUCUUAUGGCCUGGUCCAGUGGCUCCAUGGUUGUCAUUCUAUACAGACACAAACAUAGGGUUCAACAUAUCCAUAGCACUUGCAGUUGCAGAAGAACCUCCCCUGAGUCCAGAGCCAUCAAGAACAUCCUGGUCCUGGUGUUUAUUUUUCUGGCUUUUUAUACUCUGUCCUCUAUCUUACAAGGCUGCAUAGCUCUAUUGUAUAAUCACAUUUGGUGGCUGGUGAAUAUCACUAACCUGACUUCUCUGUGUUUUCCCUCCUUUGCACCCUUGGCGGUUAUGAAUUAUUACUGCAGAGUACCGAGACUCAGUUUGGUAAGGAUAAGGAAUACAAAUUGA